AUGAUUCCGACCGAGGAGACUCGAAUUUUACUCCCAGAUCCUCAGCUAACAUCUCAAAGACAUCCACUGAAAGAUGUUGCCUACGGAUCCCUUGCGGGUAUCUGCUCAAAGCUUUUUGAACAUCCGUUUGACCUUGUUAAAGUUCGGCUUCAAAGCCAGCCGCUUCAUCUACCGAGUCGAUACCAUGGGCCCUUGGAUUGUUUUCGACAGACGGUAGCACAAGAAGGGUUUAGAGGUUUGUAUCGCGGAGUUAGCAUGCCAGUUGUUGGCGCAAUGGCUGAGAAUGCUACGCUCUUUCUAGUGUACGGCCAAGUCCAACAGCUCAUCCGACGACUCGCGUUUCCGGAGCAGGCACACAAAAGAAGACCACCCCCGUUACCAUUACCAUACGUAGCACUAUCGGCAGCAUGUGGAGGAGCUAUGGCCAGUUUCAUCUUGACCCCGAUCGAAUUAGUCAAGUGUAAGAUGCAAGUACAACAGAUCGGAGCGACGAAAGAGAAUCCUAAGCGAUUAGCUGGCCCGGUGGCAAUCGUCCGAUCGGUAAUCAAGAAGGAAGGAAUCAGCGGACUUUGGCUGGGACAGACCGGAACUCUACUCAGAGAGACCGGCGGCUCGGCGAUUUGGUUCUGUACCUUCGAAUCCGUUGCAGCUCUCUUUGUCGCUCGUCGUCAAGAAUCAGUACUUGAGCCCUCGAAACUACUCUCCAAAGACGAUCUCUCCUCGCCCGAACUGAUGAUCUCAGGCGCGACCGCCGGGAUCUUCUACAACUUUGUCUUUUUUCCCGCCGAUUCGAUCAAAAGCACUAUGCAGACUGCCUCAGAGCUCGCCCAACCGGAUCAUCUGCCCAAAUCCCUCGCCUCCAACCAACAAUCCCCUCGUAUCAGCUUCCUAGAUGUAGGCCGUCAGAUUAUUAAAACCAGAGGCUGGAAGGGCCUCUAUGCCGGUUGCGGAAUCACUUGUCUACGUAGUGCUCCUAGUUCUGCUUUGAUUUUUUGGAUAGUCAGUCGACUCGAAAGUCGAUUUGGUUGA